CGAAAACACUCUGUAAAGCUCUCAUAAUUAUUCUCCACCGAAAGUCACUUUCUCUUGGUGCAAAAAUUCUUCAUCAAGAAUCAAGAAUAGAAUAAAGUUACCCCAAAAGAAUCAAUCACACAACUUGCAGAGCCAAUCUUUGAAUUUCACCUGUCCUCUAGCUUGAUUUCGAUUUUUGAUAUAAUCACACGGAAAGAACAGAGUUCCACUAGAAGAAAAACGAAAGCAGCAGGCUUGAACUUGAGGACAAGAGCCUACCAAAAUGGGCUGUUUCAGUUUUCGCUCUUCCAGAUCUGCACCCCCCAUGGAAGCCCCCAUGGAAGCUCCUCAAGAAAACCCACAGCUCAAAAUGCUGAAACAAGAAGUGCUUCUGCAGAUACCAGGAUGCAGAGCCCAUCUGAUGGAUGGAGGGGAAGCUCUAGAGCUUGCCAAUGGAGAGUUUACAGUGGAAAGAAUCCUCGAAGAUGGCGUUUCCCUCGCCACAAUCAUAAAAGUCGGGGACGAUCUCCAGUGGCCUCUUACGAAAGACGAGCCCGUCGUGAAGCUGAACUCUCUGAACUAUCUGUUUUCUCUGCCAAUGAAAGAUGGGGAUCCUCUCAGCUAUGGAGUGACGUUUCUGGAGCAGUACAGCAGCAGUUUGAGCUGGCUGGACUUGUUCUUGAAGGAGAAUUCUUGCUUCUCUUCCUCCUCCUCUAAUGCAAAUAACAAGAACAUUAUUAACUGGAAGGAGUAUGCGCCGAGAAUCGACGAUUACAAUAACAUGUUGGCCAAGGCAAUUGCAGAUGGUACUGGCCAGAUCGUGCAGGGAAUUUUCAAAUGCAGCAACAGUUAUUCUAACCAGGUAAACAAAGGAGGCGAAAUGAUUCUAAACAGCCCUGCGAUUGCUGGGCAGAAGAGCGAUGCCACCCAAAACAAGAGUGCAAUAAACAGAACCUUGAAACGAGUGAGAAACCUGUCGAAGAUGACAGAGAAGCUGAGCAAGUCGAUGCUGGACAUGGUGGGCGUUGCCUCUGGAUCAGUGAUGGGACCUGUAAUGAAAUCACAGGCAGGAAAAGCCUUUCUUUCCAUGGUUCCUGGGCAGGUCCUUUUGGCUUCAUUAGAUGCAGUCAAUAGGAUUCUGGACGCAGCAGAAGCAGCUGAAAAGCAAGCACUUUCUGCGACGACAAAGGCGACAACCAGAAUGGUGUCGAACAGAUUCGGGGAAAGCGCAGGGGCGGCGACGGAGGAUGUGCUUGCAACGGCGGGGCACUUGUCCAGUACUGCCUGGAAUGUGUUCAAGAUAAGGAAGGCCAUUAAUCCUGCUUCCUCUGUUUCUGCUGGAGCCCUCAGAAACGCUGCAAAAACUAGAAACUUUUAGCCUCAAAAUGCUGCAUCCAAUAUGGGGAAUGAUGGUUACAGUGUUCAGCUGGGAUUAAGUAUUUGUAUCUUCCCUCCCCAUUCUUUAUUUGAACUCAAAAAGAAGAAGAAAAAAUGUUUGUGAAAACUUAGAAAUAUGAAGGGGUUCAAAAUCCAAACGCCUAGAAUAGAAAUACAAGAGUUUGUCCUUUUUGCACUAAA